CUUGAACUUCCGCCACUGGUAACAUGGCUGCGCCCGCAAGUACGGCGCAGGGCAUCUCUAAAGCCGAAUACUUGAAGCGCUAUCUGGAUCCAGGGAGUGGAGACGAUGGACCUGCCAAGAGGAAGAAAAAGAGGAAGAAGAAGUCGGAGGGGAAGGGGAUGCGGAUAGUUGAUGAUGACGCAGAAGACUGGAAGAAGAACCCAAUAAAAAAGGAAGAACCGGUGGAAGAGGAGGAUGACCAGCCGGUGGUGGCGCAGUUUGUAGAUGAACGUCCGGAGGAGAUCAAGCGCAUGGAAGAGUUCAAGAACACCAACAAGUGGAAAGUAAUAAAAGGUGAUGAGUCCCCUGAAGAAGAGCAAGAUUCAAGGGCAGAAGAAGAUGUCUCUGCCAUGGCUGAGAAGACUGAUCAUAAGUCUCCUGACUAUUCUCCAAAGAAAGGCAGGCAUGACUCCCCAGACCCUUCUCCACCUCAAAGGACCAGGCAUGACUCUCCAGACACUUCUCCACCUCAAAGGGCCAGGCAUGACUCUUCAGACCAUUCCCCUCCUCCAAAAAGGAUACCUCCCCCCCCAAAAAAGGGCAGACGAGAAUCUCCAGAUGCCUCACCACCCAGGAGGAGGGGAAGACAGGACUCUCCAGAUGCCUCACCUCCCAGGAGAAGGGGCAGACAGGUGUCUCCAGAUGCCUCACCUCCCAGGAGAAGGGGAAGACAGGGCUCUCGCGAUGCCUCUCCAGCUAGGAGGGGAAGACGGGACUCUCGAGAUGCCUCUCCACCCAGGAGGGGAAGACGGGAUUCUCCAGAUGCCUCACCACGCAGGACGGCCAGGCUGGAAUUACCAGACACCUCUCCACCCAGGAGGAGCAGACAGGAUUCUCCACCCAGGAGGGUCAGACGGAACUCUCCAGCUGUCUCUCCACCUAGGAGGGAAAGGGGAGACUCUCCAGCUGCCUCUCCACCCAGGAAGGGCAGGUGGGACUCUCCACCUGCCUCUCCACCCAGGAGGGGUAGACGCGACUCUCCACCUGCCUCUCAGUCUCCAUCCAGAAGGGGCAGAUGGGACUCUCCACCUGCUUUUCCACCCAGGAGGGGCAGACGGGACUCUCCACCUGCUUUUCCACCCAGGAGGGGCAGGCGGGAUUCUCCACCUGCCUCUCCCCCUAGGAGGGGCAGGCGGGAUUCUCCACCUGCCUCUCCCCCCAGGAGGGGCAGGUGGGAUUCUCCACCUGCCUCUCCCCCCAGGAGGGGUAGGUGGGAUUCUCCACCUGCCUCUCCCCCCAGGAGGGGCAGGUGGGAUUCUCCACCCAGGAGGGGCAGAAGGGACUCUCCACCUGCCUCUCCACCCAGGAGGGCCAGGCGGGACUCUCCUGCUGCAUCUCCACCCAGGGGGGGCAGGUGGGGCUCUCCAAACCCCUCUCCACCAAGGAGAGGCAGGCGGGGCUCUCCAAACCCCUCUCCACCCAGAAGGGUCCGGCGGGACUCUCCAGCUGCCUCUCCACCCAGAAGGGUCCGGCGGGACUCUCCAGCUGCCUCUCCACCCAGGAAGGGCAGGCGGGACUCUCCAGCUGCCUCUCCUCCCAGGAAGGGCAGGCGGGACUCUCCAGCUGCCUCUCCUCCCAGGAAGGGCAGGCGGGACUCUCCAGCUGCCUCUCCUCCCAGGAAGGGCAGGCGGGACUCUCCAGCUGCCUCUCCUCCCAGGAAGGGCAGGCGGGACUCUCCAGCUGCCUCUCCUCCCAGGAAGGGCAGGCGGGACUCUCCAGCUGCCUCUCCUCCCAGGAAGGGCAGGCGGGACUCUCCAGCUGCCUCUCCUCCCAGGAAGGGCAGGCGGGACUCUCCAGCUGCCUCUCCUCCCAGGAAGGGCAGGCGGGACUCUCCAGCUGCCUCUCCUCCCAGGAAGGGCAGGCGGGACUCUCCAGCUGCCUCUCCUCCCAGGAAGGGCAGGCGGGACUCUCCAGCUGCCUCUCCUCCCAGGAAGGGCAGGCGGGACUCUCCAGCUGCCUCUCCUCCCAGGAAGGGCAGGCGGGACUCUCCAGCUGCCUCUCCACCCAGGAAGGGCAGGCGGGACUCUCCAGCUGCCUCUCCACCCAGGAAGGGCAGGCGGGACUCUCCAGCUGCCUCUCCACCCAGGAAGGGCAGGCGGGACUCUCCAGCUGCCUCUCCACCCAGGAAGGGCAGGCGGGACUCUCCAGCUGCCUCUCCACCCAGGAAGGGCAGGCGGGACUCUCCAGCUGCCUCUCCACCCAGGAAGGGCAGGCGGGACUCUCCAGCUGCCUCUCCACCCAGGAAGGGCAGGCGGGACUCUCCAGCUGCCUCUCCACCCAGGAAGGGCAGGCGGGACUCUCCAGCUGCCUCUCCACCCAGGAAGGGCAGGCGGGACUCUCCAGCUGCCUCUCCACCCAGGAAGGGCAGGCGGGACUCUCCAGCUGCCUCUCCACCCAGGAAGGGCAGGCGGGACUCUCCAGCUGCCUCUCCACCCAGGAAGGGCAGGCGGGACUCUCCAGCUGCCUCUCCACCCAGGAAGGGCAGGCGGGACUCUCCAGCUGCCUCUCCACCCAGGAAGGGCAGGCGGGACUCUCCAGCUGCCUCUCCACCCAGGAAGGGCAGGCGGGACUCUCCAGACCAAUCCCUCCCUGGAAAAGUAAGAAGACUUACUCCUUCUCCACAAAGACAAAAGCAUCUCAAUCCUAACAAAAAAAGUAAAUCCUACUACACAGACUCCCCAGAUGUUUCUCAUAAAGAAAGGCGUGACACAGGUUUGGACAAAGGAUCGAAACGCGAUGUAAAGAAGUCCCUUCGAACCUCUCCACAUUCCUCGUUGCGGCAUGAUUCUGAUUCAGACCCUUCUCCUCCUCGGAAUAGAGCAUUGUCACCACCACGAGACACUCGGAAAAAAGCUGCACAACAGAAGGACUCGCGCGCAUCACCUCGAAGGAACGCGCAGACUAAAGGUUCAGACUCCGACCUAUCACCUCCUCGCCAAGCACAGAGAAGAGACUCUGAUUCAGACUUGUCACCACCACGACGCAGAGGUGAAAAAAGCGGAGGCUCCCAGAUGCUCUCAGGUGGCAAAGCUGGCCUCGUGUCUGCAAAGGUCCUAAGAGAAGAGAAAGAAGAACAGAGGAGAGCAGAGAAAAAUAACAAAAACCUGGAAGAUGACUCGAGGAAUACAGAGACCGUUUUUCGAGACAAAAGCGGCAAACGCAGAGACUUAAAUUCUGAACGGGAAGAGCAACUGAAGAAACAAGCCGCGCAAGAGAAGAAGGAUGAGAUGUAUGCCAAAUGGGGCAAAGGUUUGGCCCAACAUGAGCAGCAACGUCAGAAUGUGCAGGACGCUGCCCGAGAGAUAUCGAAGCCUCUUGCUCGAUACAUCGAUGAUGAGGACCUGGACCGCAUGUUGCGUGAACAGGAGAGAGAGGGAGAUCCUAUGGCGAAGUUCCUGAAAAAGAAGAUGGAUAAAGAAAGCUCCGGAAAGAAAGAACGCCCAAGAUACAAAGGUUCUAAUCCUCCAAUCAACAGAUUUAAUAUAUGGCCAGGGUAUCGCUGGGACGGUGUGGACAGGUCCAAUGGAUUUGAGAACCAGUAUUUUGCAAGAAUUUCUGAAAAGAAAGCUGUGGACGAGGCUGCUUACAAGUGGAGCGUAGAGGAUAUGUGAAUUCACUUGGUCAGGACCAUGUCGUACAGCAAUGCUCUGUAUGUGUGUCUACAUUCUCUGUAUUAUGUGAGAAGCUUACUGUAUAUCAUGGUAGCUACCUGUGUCGGUUCUCACUGGGUGUGAGCUGUGAUUACUGGUAACGUGAUGUCCUCCUCCUGGUCGGCCUGGCAUCCCCUGUAUUUCUUGUUGGUGAUUUUCUUUUUUACCAUUACCAGUUAUUUAUGCAGUUUCUGUUUUACCUCUCAGACAUGUCAUGGACUCCUGUAUCCUUGUGUUUACUGAUGGACUAUUACAGAGCCGUGGUUUAUCUACCCCAUGGGUAUGCAUCACUACAUGGGCUCCGCUCAAUUCUAACAGGAUGGAAUUCGGUUCAUUUAUUAAAGGGGGGGAAAUUCCGGAAUUUUUUGUAGAAGUAUUUUAGCCGAAUUCCCUUCCCAAAACAGUUCUUUUAACGGGGAAGGCAUAAUGAUUUCCAGUAUGCACGACAUUACGUUUUGUUUUUUGUAUUCCCGUUCAUGUACAGUUGUGUCCUUGUUUUAGAACUGAUGAUGGUUACUUGUAGUUACAUGGCGGCAUUACUGCAGUUAUUGCUUGACAUGCACAUUUCUAUUAUUCCGGUUUUAAUGAGAGAACAAACAGAAAAUAAAUUGUUUAUAUUUUAAAAAUA